AUGUCAGCACUAGGAGCAUUAUUUGCAUCGAUUCGAAGUAAGAAACUGGAAUCAAGCAUCACAAAUUUGUUUCAAACAUCGAGCGGACCUGUUGAUGUAUCGGAACUAAAGGCAAAGGAACGGACAGUUCUUGAGCCUAAAAAAGAGGAGGCGGUGAAGCAUGAGAAAGAUGAUGAGGAUGAUGAGGAUGAUGAGGAUGAUGAGGAUGGGCAAGAAAUAGAGGAGGAGGAAGAAAAAGAAGAGGUGGAGGUACAACAACCUGUGAAAAAGAAGGCUCGUAAGAACAGAGAAGAAGAUGAUAGAUUGGAAGAAGAGUACUAUUCCCAGCUUCUUGGUGGAGAAGAGGAGAAAAAAGAGGAGAUUAACAGUGACAACGUUAGCAGCAGUGAAAGCGAUAGUGAACAUGGGCCAGAAAAGACUGAAACUAGGACUACAGCUACCGUGCCUGUCGAUCUGAAGGAGGCCGAGCUGGAAAAGGCUGCUAGAACAGUUUUUGUGGGAAAUGUUCCUCACGAGGUAGUUACCUCAAAGAAGAUAUACAAGGACUUCAAGAAGUUGGUUUCGGUUUUUUCUGCUGGGGAUGAAACCGAAGAGUCAGGGGACAAAGUCACAACGAAAUACAAGGUUGAGAGUAUCAGAUUCAGAUCGAUUGCUUUUGGAGAAGCACUACCUAGGAAGGUUGCCUUUGUUCAGCAGAAAUUGCACAAGUCAAGAGACUCUGUGAAUGCAUAUGUCGUCUAUGCUGAGAAGAAACCAACUUCAGUUGUCUGCAAGAAGCUGAAUGGUACCGUUUUCCAUGAACAUCACUUGAGAUUUGAUUCUGUUGCACAUCCAGCUCCCCAUGACAACAAGAGAUCUGUUUUCGUAGGUAAUCUAGAUUUUGACGAAACUGAAGAGGCUCUAUGGAGGUUUUUUGAGUCUUGCGGUAAGAUUGAAUAUGUCCGUAUUGUAAGAGAUUCAAAGACUAACGUUGGUAAAGGUUUUGCAUACGUCCAAUUUGUCGACAUAUCUUCAAUCAAUAAGGCGCUGCUUCUAAAUGAUAAGAAAAUGACUACUGGGAAGGGCAGGAAGUUGCGCGUUACUAGAUGUAGGAACGUGAAAAAGGACCAACAACCACGUAAGGCUCCUUUUGGCAACUUUACAAACAAACAAAAGACCAAAAUUGGGUUGGCUAAAAAGAUCCUAGGUAAAGCUGAUCGUGCAACUGUUACCAAUAAGUUGACCAUUGAGGGUUUGAGAGCUACCAAAGGUGAUUCUACACCAAAAUUGGGUAGGAAGAAGAAGAGAUCCCAUACCGGUAGAGUAACAAAGCGUUCUCAGGCCUUUAAGAAGUCGUUAAAAGAGCACACUAAAAAGGCAGGAAAUAUAUAA